CUGGGUUCUUCUUGGUUCCUCUUGGUUCCUCUUGGCUCCUCUUGGCUCCUCUUGGUUCCUCCAUCUCAGCAUGUCCACCAGCAGACCUCUGGAUCUUCUGCACAACGACCGCAAAGGAAUCUUUAUACCUCUGGGUCGACAGUUACCCAGAACUCCUCCGUCUCAGGACUGUGUCAAGCAGUUGGAUUUUAAAAGUGAACGCCCCCACCCACCUGCAGAGAGUCAAGAUGAAGAAAAUGAAGAUCCAAACAAUACAUUUGACUUCAAGACGCCUCCUGUCAAACAAGGCUGCUCCAAUGAUCCAGAGUCCAUGUUAAAGGGGAUGAAGGGCUACCGGCUCACCCCCGCUGACCUGGAGUUUAUGCAGAGGCUGACGGAGGAGAAGGAGCUGAAGAAACUGCAGGAGGAGCUGAGAGCCGUGGAGAACCUCCUGAAGAGCGAACGCAUGGCUCUGGAGCUGGCUCUGGCCUCCAAGGACAAAGCACAGGCUGAGUUCAAGCAGUUGCCGCACUGUGAGGACAUCCGGCAGUGGUCAAUGGUGGUGCUGGAGGGGACCGCUCCCUCUCCGGACCUCUCCUCGUUGGACACCAAGGCUCUGCUGGCCCUGGUCACCGAGGAGAAUGCCCAGAAGGUCCUGCAGGAGAAGAGGGUGGAGCUCAGACGGCUUGAGAAGAUGGUGGAGAAUAGGAAGAAGAAUUUUGCCAAAGAAAGAGGGCAGCUGGAGAAACAAAUAGCCAUUGAACAGUCCAAGGUUCUUGGCUUAAUGAACAGGUUGGCUGAGCUCAAGUCUGCCCUGGCACAACAACAGGAGGCCAAAUCUUUAAAGACUGAAGUGGCUCCAAAAGUACAAGAGAAGGCUGCAGAUGCACCGCGCCGUGGCAAAGCAAAACAAAAACCGGAAGCCACUAAAGAUUCUAAAAACCUGAAGAUAGUCAAACACAAGGCCCCUGAGCCUGCUGCCAGUGCAGAGAUUAAACCUGAUGCCCUGACUUGUGAAGUCUCCGGUCCAGCAGCAUCUGACCAAGCUCCUUUACCUCCAAAGAGCAGAGUAAAGAGGGUAGCUGCUGCUGCUGAUCCAGGGGACAAGGGCCAGAAGAGGGCGACACAACCACGGCCCCAACCUGUAAUGGGCCCCACGGCAGCUCCCACUAACAGCCGGAGGAAGGGCCCACCCUCCGCCCCACCCUCAGAGGAGCAAGAUCGUGGCUUACGCAGGUCCAAGAGAAUCGCCUGUCGGAAGUGAAAGACCAUGCUACAAACUUAAGAAUGUUUAUAGGAAAAUGAGUUUGUCCCAAUAUUUAUUGUGACAUUGCAAAGUGUAAUAAAUUGAUAUUUUAAAGUCUUGUGUUGAAUUUAAGUGUAGUUUUAAAUGUUGUUUUUUUUUUUUAUUAUUAUUAUUAAACAAUACAACU